AUGCGCGAGAAGGCUGACAAGUACCAGAAGCUGCUUGCGUCGAAGCCAGCCACGAUCGCGACGUUCCUCGACGUACGGCUGCCCAAAGCGCAAGCACCGUCGGCCGAGAUCGACUUCAUCAAGUCGAUCUUGGACAGCGAGUACCCGGCCUUGCCGUCGUCGAGCUCGAUUGCGGUCACGCCCGUGAAAGACAUGUCGAAGCUCAACCAGCUGAUGAUGAAGUCGUUCGACACCGACAACGACCCGGAUCCGUGCGAGUUGGACCACUUCGUGAAUGAGCGCCGGGUCAAGCUCUCGGCCGAUCUCUUGGAAUGGUGGGAGGACCAUCGCGAGACGUACCCGCGGUUGCACCGCAUGGCGAAGGACUACUUGGCCGUCCCAGCCUCGAACGUGCCCUCGGAGCGGGCCAACUCGGCUGCCAAGUUUACUUUCCAGGGUCGCGACAACCUGCACGAUUGCACGUUCAAGGCGGAGACUUGUGUCCGCUCGUGGAUGAAGUUGUUCAAGCGCGUCGGCGUUCCGUUGCCCAACAACUUCCACGAUGCUUUCCAGCGUUUGGACAAGGACAAAGUUGUCGCGAUGAGUGACAGCGAUGCUGCAGUGCGCUACUACUUUCAGAACAUAUAG